AUGUCCAACCUGAGCGGGUACGAUGGCGACGCCGUGGGCUUCGACAGCGUGCCGCCGGAGAGCAAGCCCAGCGCGGCGAGCUCCACUCAGACCAGCGAGUUUGGGGAGCGCGGGGCGGCGUCGCAGACGGCCGCCGCCAAAGACGUCGGCUGCACCGCCAGCGCAGAGGACUUCCAAGAUAUUGCGCCAGAGCCGGGGUACCCGCAGGGGCUGAACGAGUUCCUCAGGAGGGUGGUGCCAGGGGUGCUGGAGCAGUUGGCGCAUCACGACCAGGGGGCGUUCUCGUCCGACUCGGAGGAGGAGGUUUCGCGCGCGGUGCUAUUGCACGAACUGGGCGUGGGGCGCGACUCCGGCUGCGGCGACCACCACGCGGCGGCGCUGGGCGUCAGCUGGAGCUGCGCCGGCGGCCUGGCCGUGGCUGUCGGCGCGGGGCAGCACGAGAGCUGGUGCGAGCGCCCAGGGCUGGUGCGGCUGUACUCGCUGAGGCGCCGCGGUGGGCCCCAGGCGACGGACGUCGAGGAGCGGGAGUGCGUCACCGCUAUACGCUACCACCCCACCGUGGCUACUCUGCUCGCGUACGGCACCGCUUCUGGUGAGCUGGUCGCUCGCCAGGGCUCCGGCGAAGCGCUGACCGCGCCCGCGGGGGGCUCCGCCAGGGUCUCCGCCCUCCGCUGGGCGGACGCCCACCUGGCGAACGUGUACCUCACCAUGCUGGUGCGCGCCAGGGGAGUACGCCGCUGCGCUUCAGACCAGGUCCUCUUCUCGGCAAGUAGCGACGGCGCCCUAACCGUUUGGCGGGUGAACAUCGAUCUGAGAACAUUCGAGAAACUGGUUCGCUACGAGCUGGAUGCAAGUCUGAAGGCCAGGCCAGACAUCACGUGCUUCGACAUUCCGAGGAGCCACCCAUUGAGGUCGGUCGGCGAUCGCGCACCCGAUGUGUUCGUGGUGGGCGCCAAGUGCGGGGGGCUGCUGCUCUGCGGGGUCGGGGACCAGCUCGAGGAUGUGGAUCCGCUGGUGGAGCGUCUGGAGGGGCACAGCACGUGCGUGCUGGACGUGGCGUUCGGCCCGAGGCCCGGUCUAUUCGUCUCCUUAUCAAUAGACUCGGAGCUGAGGGUGCACCGCGCGGGGCGGCCCGGCGCGUUGCGGAUCUUCUGCCUGGACGCGGAAGUCAGCUGCAUGUCGUGGCUCGGGAACGGCCCCUGCGUCGUAAUAGGCUUAACGGGGUCCGAGAAAGAGACCCUGAGGGUGUACAACGUCUCCACCGGGAAGCGAGUGCCGGUGGAGGGAAUGUCGGGUGACACCAGCGUGACCUGCGUGGACGUCUGUCAGAGCGGGGCCAUUAAAAUCGCAGCCGGCUACGCAGGCAACACCGUUCGAGUCUGGGAGCUGCCAGCGCUCCAAGAUAAGUUCGUGUGGUACAGCUUUGAUGAA